UUGAGAAACUUCGACGUAAUUAUUGCAAUUUAGCCCUUAAAUUCUGCAUUGCUAUCAGAUAAAGCAUCAUAUUUUCCUUUGUACAGAAUUAUCCUUCCAUUUUAUUAUCUGAGCUAAGAAUGGGAAGCAGCGAGGAGAUGCCAGUGGUGCUCAUCACGGGAUGCUCACAAGGAGGAAUCGGCAACGCGCUGGCUCGUGAGUUCUCUGCGAAAGGUUGUCGUGUGGUGGCGACGAGUCGAUCGCAGAGCACGAUGGCUGACUUGGAGAAAGAUCCCAAGUUUUUCGUACAAAAGCUCGAUGUUCAGUCAGAACAUAACGUGAAUAAAGUCUUGUCGGAAGUUAUCGAUAAGUUCGGUCAGAUCGAUGUUCUGGUCAAUAAUGCCGGAGUUCAAUGCAUCGGACCACUCGCGGAGAUUCCAAUUCAGGCCAUGGAGCACACCUUCAACACCAAUGUGUUCGGUUCCAUGAGGAUGACUCAAGCUGUUGUACCUCACAUGGCGUCAAAGAAGAAAGGAAAGAUUGUGAACAUAGGAAGUAUCAGCACAAUGGCACCUGGACCAUGGGCAGGGGUUUACACUGCAUCAAAAGCUGCUCUUCAUGCUCUUACAGACACAUUAAGGUUGGAGCUUAGGCCAUUUGGGAUUGAUAUGAUCAACAUUGUCCCAGGAGGUAUUCAAUCUAACAUAUCCGAUUCAGGGAUAUCUAGCUUCAACAAGUUACCUGAGCUGAAACUAUACAAGCCGUUCCAAGAAGCUAUCCGUGAAAGGGCGUUUUUGUCGCAAAACGUUAAGCCAAUACCUGCAGAGACGUUUGCGAAGGAGGUGGUGUCGGUGGUCCUGAAGGAACACCCACCGGCUUGGUACUCUACAGGAAGGUUAUCCACUGUCGCGGCGAUCAUGCACCAUUUGCCCAUAUCCGUCAAAGAUUUUCUCCUGACUAAGAGCUUCAUGAAAAGAAACUGUUUGAAUGUAUCUAAGAAGUAAGAACUAACCAUGAAACAAGCUAGAUACAGAAGCCACAUAGUAAUGGGCUCUUAAGCCCAACACGGUCCAGAAUAAGUUCCCAGUAAGCCUAAGUCUGGUCCUUAACACACAUCUAUCUAAAGUAUGUUACUAGCUUAUUAGUACUACUAGGUAAUAAUCAAGGAAUAAUGUGUGUGCUUUGUGAGAAUUAUGAUCAAUAUACUUCCAACAAAACUGAAGAAUAUAGCAUUUGUCACUGUUCUGAAUUUA